AUGUUGCCUGAGCGCAAGUUUGUCCAAUCGGGAAGGGCGCUGGUGAUUGGAAAUGAAGAGUAUGAGCACACCUUGGUGUACGAGAAGUUGAAGAGGUGCAAAGCUGAUGCAGACGCUAUUGCACUUGAGCUGUCCAAAGGGCGCUUCCGAGAUGUCCAGAAACGUUGCGAUUUGAACAGAAAUGACAUGGAGGAGGCGGUCGCCAAUUGGUUAAAGAAGGAGGCUGACUGUGUGUGGCUGCACUUCUCUGGACACGGGGAGGCAACAGACUCCGAAGUCUUUCUGAUUCCUGUAGACUCCAAUGGGGAGACUCGUAAAUACAAGCUUAGCGACGUCCUUGAAAAAGUACGCCCUGACGUCGAGCUUGUCAUCGUCACCCUCGACAUGUGUCAGACACCUCCGGCACCUCCUGUUGAAGGAAGUCGCGGUGGAAGUCUCAUGGAGGCAGUUCGGUCCGUGACAUCUGCAAUGUCUGUGAAUCGGGGAGGGAACACACGACUGGAUAGGGUCAUGAAGCUAAUGAGAUUUUCACUCCCUUCUUUGGCCAAUCGGGACCUGUUGAUUUUCACCGCUUCGGAACGUGGAAAAGUAGUCGAAGACGCGGGCUUGUUCACAGAAAAGCUGGCACAAUUCCUGCCUUCUGAGGAUCGCGAGCUGAUGGAAAUGGUCCGGUGGGUUGCCAAUGAAGUGGUAAAGGCUUCCCAUGGAAAACAGCAGCCGGGCAGCUGCCCUGCAAAGCUCAAGCGCGAGUGGAUAGUUACGCGUCCCAGCAGCAAAUUCCCGUCGACGACACUCACCAGAAGCCAGGAGCUGCGGUGCGCGGAGUUGAUCCUCCGUCUUUUGCGCCGUAUGUCCGAUGAGACCAAGCGCAGAUUGUUGUACAACUUGUUCCGGGAGUAUGCUCAACGUCCCCGGAUGCGCCGUUCUCCGGCCAGGCCUUUUUCCAAGACCUUCCUGGCACGGCUCAUUUGGCUCAGAUCUGGCAUCUACAGGGCUUGUCAGAAGUGGCUGGAUGGGGCGACAUGGUUGCUUCAAAAGGUUCCCCACAGCCUGAAAAACCGUACUGAAGAGGAUGCCUUGAACUCAAACCUUGAAACAGGAACCCAACGCCCAGAACCCGAGGCUCUUGACCCCACCCAGAAUGCUUUUGACGAGCCGAAACAUCGGCGGACCUUGGUUUUUCUGAUGGAUGUUGGCAAGCCUGGAUGUGGGAAGGCAUUUCUCGUGAACGCACUGAUGGCCCUCGCUGAAUGGCCAAGGGCCCCCCGGGGCAAGGGUUCCCCGGGCCAAGGGCCCCCCGGGCCAAAGGGCCCUUCGGGCCAAUGGCCCUUCGGGCCAACACCCCGCCGUGCCUGGGCCAAGCACCAAGCGCCCAAGCGCCCUUCCCCGGCCAAGACCCGCCCCAAGCCAAGCGGAAUGCAGACAAGUCAUGGUCGGUCCCGACGACCUCUACGGUGA